GUAGCAGCUGUAGCGAAACAAACUACAGGUCGUAGUGCAGGAGAUGGAGAACAACAACUGGCUGUGGCAGAAGACCAACAUCACGCUUAUGAUCACAUGCCUACUGCUAAGCGAGAGCAGCGAAUCCGAGAUGGCAAAGAAUCCUUCAUACCUCCACGGAGACAAAGUCCGACCAAAUUUCGACACCAAAAUGCUGGUGGUCGUCUCAAAGUGGGAUUAGAAAUCGAAAGACGAAUCUUUUACGAUCC